AUGCUAGCUGCGGAUAUGGGUGUUGCAGACAUCCCGACAGAGCACCCCGACGCUGGGAAUUUCUUGCCAAGACACGUUACCCCAGAUCAGACUCGUCACCUCAUAAUUUGCGGUGGACAGGUUCUCGGAACGCACGAAAGAGUCCCUUAUCAUGAAUCAAGGGAAGCUCGCAGAUUGAUCGUGUCUCAGCUGUCACUUGGCCUUGAACAUCUAAAGCCCGGGGGGAGUAUAAUUGUCCUCCUUCACAAGGUUGAGGCGUGGGAUACUGUGCAAUUACUGUAUACCGUCAACAAGUCCUCAUCAAUACAGCUUUUCAAGCCAUUGACUAGCCACACCAAGCGAUCGUCUUUCUACAUGGUUACUAGAAACGUUGGAAGCCAUCACCUUGAGGCUAUCCUUGCAAUCGCGAGAUGGAAGGAUGCGUGGUACUUGGUACCCUGUCACAUUCGGAACAGAGAAUAUGUACUUGAAAACAAUUUGUAA